UAGAGUUCCAAAAUAAAUGAAUCAACCCGGUACAAAACAGAAAAUUUUGAAAAUAAUGGGCAUUUCUAACAGUUUGGACUUUUCACCAUUUACAACUUUCUCAUUGGGGACAAUACUAGGUGCUACAUGCGUUUAUUACUUUUUAAAAAUGAGACGAAAAUGUGAUAUACCCAUGGCAGACGAAUACAGUGAGAAAUACGAGUUUCCAGACCCUCAUAACGAAUAUAGGCUUAUAAUGGGAAUCAGAAAUGACCUAAAAAUGCAGAAAGGUAAAGUUGCAGCCCAGUGUGGUCAUGCAGCUGUAGCUGCUUAUGCAAAGGCCUUAAAACAUAAACCACAAACAGUAAAACGAUGGCUCUCAUACGGUGGCACUAAAAUAACUGUAAGAAUAGACUCGGAAGAAGAACUUCUAGAAUUAGAUAAGAAGGCAAAAUCUGCAGGUAUACUUUCAAGUAUAAUCAGGGAUGCUGGGCAAACUCAAGUUGCACCUGGCACUCGUACAGUUAUAGCUGUAGGACCUGCUCCUAAGAGUGAACUAGAUAAAGUUACAGGCCAUCUAAAACUUUACUAGAUAGGGUAGGUACUGAAAAAGGCACCAAAUCGAAAGAUUUUCAUUGGAGGACGUUGAAAGAAGGUUCCGGCUCAGUUCAACUCAACAGUGGGAUUCUUAAUAGGAAAAUAAGGAAAAACAACCUCAAGGAAGUGGAUUUGUUUUUGAAUAUGUAAGUGAUAUAUUCUUUUUUCUAAAAAUGU